UAGGCUAACUGACCGAGUUGGAGUGUGUGUGUAUUGUGAUCGCUGACACAGGACAAAUCAUGCCCUCAGGUGACCAGACGACCAGUGGGGCACCGACGGGGGUGCAGACAGGCCGCUAAAGAAAAUAUUUUUAACCACAACAAGAGUGCAUGCAUUCACACACGUGUUUUUCUUUUCUUUAACUUGGUUCUUCGUUCACUGGGACAUAACUUAAAGUGACCGAGGAAAAAAGAUGUUUGAAGUUCAGAAAACCCAAGAUGAAAUAUAAGCUUUCUUCCAAGUUUUACGUUACAUAAGUUAAAAGCAGGAUUGACUAGCAUACCUUCUUUAUACAAUCGGACAGGGUGUCAUGUACACUGACCAGCGGUAAUGUAAACUGAACAACUCAGAGAGAGAGGGGAGAGUGUGCUUAUACGCCAGAAAAUGAACCAUGAUCGUCUUACUCCUGCAAUGGGAUUUUGGAGGACCUGGAUUUUGCCUUUGGUAGCAGUAUGGUUAGCUGUUUAUAUUUACAACAUUCCCUCUCCCAUUAAUCCAGAACCUUACAGUUAUCCCAAACCUUUGCCUGAAUUGGUGGGGCCAUUGACAAUUAACUCCCAUCUUAGGAAUGCAACAAGAGCAUUUGAAGGGGAGAUCGCUGGUCCAGAGUCUUUUGCCAUAGGCUCAGAUGGAGUCCUAUACACAGGCUUAGCUGAUGGAAGAAUAGUAGGAUUCAAAGGGGAACAACUCUGGGAGGUAACAAGGAUAGGAGAGUUCCACCCACAAUGUGGUACAUUCGAGUUUGAGCCUAUCUGUGGGCGGCCCAAAGGAAUGAAGAUCAACACAGCGGACCCCUCCCACCCCCUUAUUGUGGUCGAUUCCUACAAAGGACUGCUACAGGUGGACACAAAAACGGGGGAAAUACAAGUCCUAGUUUCCAGUACCACAGGAGUAAAUGGUGAGGCUUUCACAUUCCUGAAUGCUUUAGACAUUUCAAAGGAUGGUAUCAUAUACUUCACAGACUCCAGCAAGAAAUGGGAUAGGAGGAAUUAUCGAUACGAGGUUAUAGAGGUCAACAGACAAGGUCGGCUGAUUCAGUACAACACAGUUACCAAGGAAACCAAGCUGUUGCUAGACAACCUGUACCUGGCCAAUGGGGUGGCUCUGUCAUCAGAUGAGAGCAUACUGGUCAUCGCUGAAAUGAGUGCUUGUCAGCUACGAAGAUACUUUUUAAAAGGUCCAAAAUCUGGCCAAUCAGAAGUGAUUACACAAAAUCUCCCAGGAUACCCAGACAAUAUAAAACUGAACAGUCAGGGGAACUUUUAUCUUGGAUUGGGGUCAGUCCGGUACAAAGGAGUCAGUCGACUGGGUCCAUUUUUAGACCUCAUAGGUCCCUACCCUGCCAUUAAGAGGUUUUUGACAAAGAUCACACCUUUAAGAGUCUUUGACGUCUUUAUGCCAAAACAUUCCAUAAUAUUAGAAAUCGACACAGAAGGAAACAUCAUCAGCAGUCUACAUGAUUACGGAGCCAAUGUCAUAAAAGCCUCAGGGGAGGGGUUUGAAUUUAACAACACCCUGUACAUUGGAAGUUUUUGGACUCCUUACAUAGGUGUGCUGAACUUGACUCUUGUGAAGUAACUUUAGUUAUAGUCUUUACUAUACAACCAAACAACUGUUAAUACAUGUAACAGUCUGACCCUGUAUUUUAUCCAAACAGACUUUAUGACAUUCAACUUGCAAUACAUGUCCAUUACAUAUAUGUGCCAAUAUUUUAUUUAUUACAUAAAUUUCAUUAGCAUCAUCAUCACCAUGUUACAGCAUUCAUUACCAUCAUGCAUCAAACUGUAACUGC